AUGUUUUUUUUUUCCCCCUGUCCUCCUUGACAGCAUGGCUGCCAUCAGGAGUGCGGUGACUCCCGGCGUUUUAGGACGAUGUUUACUUAGACAGACGGGGAAACCGAGCCGGGGCAGCUAUCCACUUACUGGCGUCCAGGAUCACCGGUUGCUCCUCAGGUCCUGUUUGCACUCAGUGGUGGGACGCAGCAGUCCUGCAGCAGCCAGGUCCCAGCUGAGCCGAAGACACCAGGGGAAGCUCCUCUGGGACACAGUCAGACACAGCAGCUCACAGAUUCCACUUGAUGACGGGUUUAAGGCGGCGCCAAGCAUCGAAGCUUCCAGCGGUCCUGCUGCGUCUCCGUCGGCUGGGCCGGUCGUCCCACAGACAGUACCUGAACAGAUUGAGGCGGCAGCAUCAACCAGCAGCAGCUCUGCUACCUCGUUGAUCCCAGAAGCUCCUCCUACUCCUGCUGACCUUGUGACGUCGCUGCCGGUACCAGGCGACGCGGCCCCCACUGCAGUGGACCUCCUGCAGGCCCUGUCUGCAGAACCUCGGCUGGCAGAGCUGGGCUUGGCCGGUAACACUCCGGUGGGUCUCAUCCAGAACUUGUUAGAGUUCUUUCACAUGGAUCUGGGUCUGCCCUGGUGGGGGGCUAUUGUUGUAGGAACCGUCCUGGCCCGGUUGGCCGUGUUUCCCGUCAUAGUGAAGGGUCAGAGAGAAGCAGCGAAGUUGAACAACGUGCUUCCAGAAAUCACCAAACUCACCAACAGAAUGAACGAGGCCAAGCAGAGCGGAAACAAGUUUGAAUUUGCCAAAGCGUACUCAGACCUGAACCUGUUCCAGAAGAAGAAUGACGUGAAUCCUCUACGCGGCUUCCUGGUCCCUCUGGUCCAGGCCCCCGUCUUCAUCUCGUUCUUCAUCGCUCUGAGGAAGAUGGCGUAUCUGCCGGUUCCCAGCCUGCAGACUGGAGGAAUGCUGUGGUUUACUGACCUGACGGCAGCCGAUCCCUUCUAUAUUCUGCCUAUUGCUGUGACCGGCACCAUGUUCUUCAUCCUUGAACUUGGUGCAGAGUCUGGCAUCGAUAACCCCAACCUGCGAGCCAUGAAGACUGUUUUCAGGAUCAUGCCUUUGGUCAUCCUCCCACUCACCAUCAACUUCCCUACAGCUGUGUUCACCUACUGGCUGAGCUCCAACCUCUUCUCACUCGGUCAAGUGGCUUUGCUCAGACAUCCCGCCGUCAGGAAGAAGUUCAAGAUCCCAGAAAAGAUCCAGCACCCGGCCUCCGCCCUGCCCCAGAAUAACGGGCUGAUCGAAAGCAUGAAGAAGGGUUGGAAGAACGCUCAACUCGCCCAGCAGCUGGAAGAAAGAGAAAGAAGAAUAAAGAACCAUCUGGACCUCGCUGCUAAAGGUCCAUUAAGGCAGACAUUCUCCCACAAUCCCCUGCAGCAGACUCCUCCCAUCGCUGCAGCCUCUGCCAAAGCCAAACCAGCCGACGUCAAAGCGAGGCCGUGGAAGGACACCAUUGGAUGAUUUCCUUCUGCUCUGAGCUUCAUUGUGGUUGUGUACAUAGAUAAAGUUGGAUCAGUUUGAGGAUGGUUGUGAAUAUUGUAAUAUUCUAACUAAAAUACGAACUAUGCCUCAAAACAGUUUCCGUUGUUUUCGUGCCGAUCUCACAUUUUUGAGAAGUGAGUUCAUGAUUCAAUUCGGAUAAAACAACAGAUCAUAAAUGGCUCAUCUUGAUCAGGAAACGUUACAAUUUUAUGCUCAAAAUGAGCCGAAUCAAAGUAUUGUUAAAUAACCAGCCUGCAGCAUCUUCUCUUUUCAAAACUUCUUAAAGAUGUCUAAAUGUCAAAGCCCUUCAGUUUUGCUUUUGAUCUAUUGGUGUCAUAAAUAUUUUAUGUAGGGCUUCAAAUGGUUUAUAGUAGCCUUCUCUACAUGUAAAAUACUCAGACUGCAGGCAGAAAAACAUAAUUCUGAUUUUUCUGGAUUCUGGAUGAAGCCAUCUGUUGUAUUUGUUAGUUUCCCUCUGUCAAUAAAGGCACAUCACAUAGGGCUCACUCAAAUGACUUCAAAGUGAUUGAAAACUAAUACUCAAAAAUGUAAUGUCACUCAACCAAUAAAAAUCCGAUUUAGUU